AUGACUGUACAUUUUCUUUUAUAUCGUUUCUUUGCUUAUUUUUCUUUAUUCUGUUUUCCCAUUGGUUGUUGUUCUUUCUCCUCCUCCCUUCUCAUUCAUGCACUUUUCUUUCAAUUUCCGUUUCGUAUAGAUCUUAUAAUCUCUUUUCUCAUUACAUAUUGUUCUAAAUCUCUCUCUCUCUCUCUUUUCGUAGCUUGUUGUCUUUAUCUUGUAGCUUAUUGCUCUUUCUUUCUCUCUUUUUCUUCUCGAAUUUUCUUUUUCUUUCUCUUCACGUUGCUUAUUUUUAUUUCUAACUUUCUCUUUCAUUUCUUUCUUUAUUUUCUUUGCCAUAUCUUAUUGCGUAUUGACCUUGUUCUUCGCUACUACCAUCUCACUCACAUUAUCUAUAUCAUUAACUCUCUUCAAUUUCUGCCACUGCCACCUCGUAUACCACCGCCUCCUACACAGUUCUUUUUCAUGCGAGUUCCUCACCCUCACCCUAUCUCUCUCACUCCCCCCCUCUUCCCUAAAAUCCUUUCUGUUUUACUUCCAACCUCAUGGCCACCCUCCCGUUCGCCUACGAUCCCACCGCGGCGCAGGUGUCUUUUUACCCCUGAUUUGCUUCUGUGGUCGGCGCACGUUGACAAACCCCCUCCACCUUUAUCGCACACUGCGCCGCUUGCUUUUUCGGUGAAGCCGUCCCAACAAACAACACUACUGCUACAACCAUCCUCCCCACACCCUACCUUCCACCCACAAACAACUUCCUAA